AUGGACCCCAAACUAGAAAGAGAAAUAGUUACUUAUGGAGUUCAUCAUCUUCUAAAGGACAUACUGAUCCUGAAGAGUGCAUUGAAGAAGUAUCCAUCUCUCACCAAACAUAAUGAAGCCAAACUUGUUAAGCUACUUCUUGAGGGCCGCCUGCUACAAAAGAAUGCAUUCCUAAAGACGUAUCAACAGCGGAAGAAGAACACCGAUCAACUCUUUGUUAUCAUGAAUGAUGUUCUCAAGGGUAUUGAACGUGAAUAUAAUACCGAUCAGGAAUCUACAAAUGAUCAGGGCCAUACUAGUGCUUUAAAUUCUCAAUACAUUAGUCAAAGAUAUCUUGCGGACAAGUAUAUCCGAGAAACUAUAAUGACAAACGAGGAUUCUCGACACCGAAUCAUAUCGGUGAUAAGAAACCAACUCAAGUUCCAAAAGGAAUACGAAGAGAGUAGAAGACGAUUAAUCGAAGGGGCCACUGGUGAAGGUCCACUGGGGGUCCGACUUUCAAAGCUUGCCAACCAUAAUAAACUGAUCAAUGAGACAAAAUUGAAAGGAAUCAUUGAUCAAUUCGAUGCUGAGUUUUACGAUAAGUGUACAAGUAUGGCACAGGAAACUUGUCAGACCCUUACAAAGUUGGGUAUACCCUUCUUUAGUAUUCAUAAGGAGUAUCAGUAUCCAACAUUAGAUCAGGAUAAGGCAUACAUAAUGAGCUACUUGAUGCACGUAUUUAAGGAUGAAAUCGAGCCAAUUAAUGAGGAUUAA